AUGGCCAAUUAUGGCGGAGGGACCGACUCCCCGUGGGAUAGCUCAAGUUACAGCUACAACCGGCCCCCGUUAAACCACAAAAUUUCAUCGGUAUCUGCGGUCAGCUCGAUGUCAAGUGAUCCCAGCGAUCGGCCAGCCUUGAACCACAAGUUCUCUUCGGUAUCUGCACUGAGCUCCAUAUCGAAUGGUCGUGGCGAUCGUGAUUCAAUCGUCUCUCUUCCUUCCCCCAUACUAGGCUCUUCGCCCUUUUCAGAUGAACAGGCCGAUGUGAGCCAUAUACGGUUAUCAUCCAUCGAGGGCUCUGGGGUGAACCCAUCAUUUGAUAGCUCUGGUUUUCGAAGGGCAUCAGCCUCGUUACCGGAUUCCCUUCGAAUCAGCUCUCCAGCCGGAGCAUAUCCAUCUUCAGUACUGCCAGAUGUGCUCCGCGUUGGUUCUCCAUCUGGCUCUAUCUCCCCCCAAUCCCCCUCGACGAGAAGCUACUUGCCAUUCUCACGAAGCUCAAGUGGAUCCUACGAGCCGGUAUCCGCGGGAGAAACUCAGAGGAGGCCGUCCAUAUUGGGGAGAAAAUCUUCUCGUAAAUAUUCGACAAGGAGGAAGAGUUCGUUACUGUCUGGGAGACAUGACUCGAUACCAGAGACCGAAGAGAUGGAUAUGGGCUUAUUGCAGAAUGCGAUGCCCAUGUCGUUUAUUCCGCAUAAGACUGGAUACGCCGCGGUACCGGAAGAGGUGUCCGAUGAUGUUGGCGGCCCGCCCAUUGACCUCACUUCCUUCACUGGACCUUUCAACCCGCAGAGUGACAGCGAAUGGCGAGAAGUUCAUCGUCAGGAAAGAGAUGGUGUCUUGACAGGAGGGCUAGGACAAGGCUUGAAACCCUAUGCCACCCUCACGAGUGCCGAUCUCCUAGCGAACGCUCCUUCAACGCCAAGCACACCGUCAGUCUCCCGUAGCACAACGCUCUCACGUAGCAUGACGCUCUCGCGCAGCUUAACACUCUCGCGCAGCUUAUCCCUUCGACCCUCGAAAAAUCUAUCCGAACCCCCCAACUUGCGGGACCUGGCUCAGUUAGAGGCCAAUAAAAGCGGGCAGAUUAUAGAAGUUAUUGUAGAGGAAUCGAAGGACGAUGACGAGCCUGUGGUGCCUAUGGACUUAAGUUCUGUUGCAGGCGCAACCUCGAGUACUAUCAGUUUUGAUAACGUGGAUAAGUUGAAGGGAAUUCGUAGAGAUACUAUACCAGUUAAGCCCGAAGUAUUCUAUCCACAAGCGAACUGGCGGCCAUUCUCUAUGCGCUGGCCAUAUCUCACGGCGCUCAUCAUAGUCUCGGUCACCCUAGCUGCUGCCCAGGAAUAUGUCCUUCAGAAAUCGCUCGCCAAACCGCUCUACCAAUUUCAUGCAGCUACAGAUCUCAAGACCUGGGAUUAUUUCUGUUUCAAAUACUUGCCGACUUUAAUUGCUGUCACAUACGGCAUCAUGUGGCAAGUUACAGACUUUGAGGUCAAGCGGUUGGAGCCAUAUUACCAGCUAUCAAAGGAAGGAGGUGCACUCGCCGCGGAAUCCAUCAACGUCGACUAUAUUACCUUCUUCAGCUUCCUCCGCCCACUCAGGGCCCUGCAAUUUAAACAUUAUGCGGUAGCCAUCUCAUCACUAGCAACACUAAUGGCUGUAUCUCUCGUACCCACCCUCAUAUCUGCAUCUGUCAAACUUAAGCCGGAACGCAGUUUGCGAGAAAAGAAUCCUGCCGGUCUGAAGUGGAUUCACAUUGACCCUGUCUGGUCGAGGCUUCUGAGCUCCUUUUUGCUGCUUAUUGCUAUCCUUGGAUGCGCCCUUAUCUGGCAUCUUCAAAAACGGCGAUCUGGCUUGGUUGCAGAUGUUAAGGGUAUUGCAGGUAUUGCUGCCAUGGCCAACAGAAGCCAUAUUCUGAUGGACUUCAAAGACAUGGAUACCGCGAGCCCAGAUGAGAUCCACAAAAGACUGAAGACUCAUCGCUAUACCCUUCGAAACUCUUCGCUGGCCCCAGACCAGACACACCUCCUUACGCAGGAGGAGAAGGACAGAUAUGAUCAACAAAAGCGGCAUGGGAAUCCGCAUCCGCUUAUGCUACGUCUGAUCGCUGGGAUUCCGUUCAUCAUCGGAAUGGGGUCUUUUAUGUUUUUGAUUCCGCUAGUCCUGUUUCAGUCCAACUUAAAUGUCCUUACUGAAAAGGCACCCUGGUUUCUGACCGUAGUGGCCGUCGGCAUUAAAUUAGCUUGGGGGACCCUCGAGACCGACGUCCGGAUGAUCGAGCCUUUCUAUAUACUCUCUAACCGCCACGCGUCGCCCAAGGUCCUAACGCUGGACUACACAGCUAUGGCAUUCGGUUGGGUGCCCGUCCGGGCCUUCGUGAAUGGCCAUCUACUCGUCGCACUGGUAGGUCUAGGCUCAGUCCUUGCUGAGAUCCUUACCAUCUGCGCCUCUAGUUUCGGCAACGUAUCAGGUAUAGACUUUGCUAAAAAUCCACCAUCAGACAAUGCUGCCGGGCAUAGAGCAGGCAUAAAUGCUGGCGAAGAGACAUUCCUUUCGUUUUGGAUAUCCUUCAGCCUCGCAAUGGGAAUCCUAACUUUCCUCUGCUUCGUCGCAGCUUUUGUCUACUGGCGGCGUCGCCACGCGUUUCUCCCUCGUCAGCCCAACACCAUAUCUUCAGUCUUGGCAUUCAUUCAUCAGUCCAAGAUGCUUUACGAUUUCGUAGGCACGGAGAAGAUGAAUAACGAUGAUAUGGUUAAACGGUUGGUGGGGAUUGGGAAGACGUAUGGCUUGGGAUGGUUUACUGGGCGGGAUGGGGAAAUGCAUUGUGGUGUUGAUGAGGAGGAGCUGGCUAGUAAUUAUAAGCAUGGGCAGGAUGGGAAAAAGACUAAUCAGCCGUGGAAUUCUAACUGGGCGGAUUUUUGA